CAAAAGCAGCAAAUCCAAGAAGCCCGCCAAGCCCGUCAAGCCUGUUCUCCAGGAACCGGAGGACUCUGCGCUGGAUUCUGAAGAUGACCAAAUAGAUGUCAGCCAGUUGGAAGACACAAGUGCGCCGUUGUCCAAGAAAGAGAAGAGAAGGUUGAAGAAAUUGAUUGCCCAGGCCAAGGAGGCCAAUGCCGACGAGAUUGAGGAAGACAGUGAGGAUGAGGAGUUUGACCUUGAGAAGUUGGCGGCCAGUGAAAGCGAGAGCUGAGCAGAACGAUGACGACGAAGAAGAAGAGGACAUUCCAUUGUCGGAUGCGGAGCUAGACUCCGACGCUGACGUGGUGCCCCACAGCAAACUCACGGUGAACAACAUUGCCGCCAUGAAAGACUCGCUUGCCAGAAUCGCGUUGCCUUGGGAAAAUCACUCUUUCGUCGAGCACCAGUCUGUCUUGAGCGCCGAAAAGUCCGAGCUGAGCAUUAAGGACAUCUAUGAUGACACCGAGAGAGAGUUGGCUUUUUACAGGCAAGGCUUGGAUGCGGUCAAACAAGGCAGAUCCACGCUUCUCAAAUUGAAGGUGCCAUUUUCCAGACCGCUAGAUUACUUCGCGGAGAUGGUGAAGAGCGACGAGCACAUGGACAAGUUGAAGGGCAAGUUGUUGAAGGAGGCCGCAGACAAGAAGGCAUCUGAGGAUGCCAAGAAGCAAAGAACUUUGAAGAAGUUCGGUAAGAAGGUACAGCACGAGACCUUGCAAGAGAGAGCCAAGCAAAAGAGAGACACUUUGGAGAAGAUCAAGUCCUUGAAGAAAAAGAGAGGCGCUAACGAGAUGUCUAACGAUGCUGAUUUCCAGAUUGCUUUGGAGGAGGCCACUGCUGAGGACAGACCCAAGAGAGCUAAGCCAAACGGUAAGAGGUUGGCCAAGGACGCCAAGUAUGGCCAGGGCGGUCAAAAGAGAGGUAUGAGAAGAAACGACGCCGACUCUUCUGCAGACAUCUACAACCAGAGAGGCAAAAAGGGCAAGUCCACCAGACCUGGUAAGAGCAAGAGAAGCAGAAAUUAGAGUGUACAUUAGCAGGAAUCUCACCGAGAAUUAAUGCAUUUUAUCAAUAUAAUUGGGAUGUUGAAUAUCAUUUUACUAGUCAUUAGCCAUUUUG